AUGGGGCCCAAACUUCUGGCAGAGACAGCUGACAUGAUAGGUGUGAAGGAGCUGCGAGACGCAUUCCGAGAGGUAUUCUGUUAUUAUAAAAAGCCUUCCUGAAAAAUAUACAGGGGUCUGAACAUAAGAUAAUAAUACACAAGUGCUACUGAAUAAUCUUUCCAUUUUUAUCCAUUGUCCCCAUUAUUUAUAAUCAUUCUUCUGCCUACUGUCCUUUCACUUCUCUUUUCCACAUCUCUCUGUUGGACCUGUAUUGGCAUUCCAGAUGAUGCAGGAACAUCCACCCAAGAUAUAAAACAAAUAUUAUACACAUUUGAAAUUGAUUUAAUUGUACAUCUAUGAUACCACUCACUUCUAAUUAGUUUCUCCUAUUGUCAGUUUGAUGCUAAUGGUGAUGGCCGGAUCAGCACACGGGAACUCCGAGAGGCCAUGAGAAAACUUUUGGGACAACAGCUAGCACCACGUGAAGUAGAUGAGAUUUUGAGGGAUGUGGAUGUUAAUGGAGAUGGUCUUGUGGAUUUUGAAGGUAAACCCAUUUAUUUAUUUACUGUGUUAUUUACUAAAUAACUUUAAAAAUUGAUGCUACUAAAGCUCACUUUCAGUAAAAAGAGUGGGCUCAGGGUGUUGUAAUAAUGCAAAUUGCUUAUCAUACUUUGACUGAAGCUUUAAACGAACACUCCAAGAGCCAUUAUCACUACAGCUUGCUGUAGUGGUUAUUCUGUCAGGAGUGCCCUGGCUUCCCCCUAGAUGUAAGGAAUUGGAACUGUUGUAGAAUGGUUUCACUUGGCUGUGCACUGCUCCCUGCUUCCAAGACAGCCUUCAGAGAGUUGGAAGUUCUCUUUCGGAGUUAAUCCCUGUGAUGCAGGUUUACUUCAUUGACUGAGAGUGAUCAGUUGACAUUCUCAGUCAAUGACCUGGCUCUGCACUACAGCGCUUAUAUCAAGAGACUUAACAGAAACUUUUUUUCCUGCUAUACAUCAAUGAGUAUGCAAUUUACCUCUAUCACUGACUGACUGAGCUUCCAUUUUAGUCACGCUAAAUGUGUUUAAUCACAGAGAUGUUUAUCACUUCAUCAAAUGGCCUAUACAAACCUCAAGGACUGCAAUCUACAAUCACCCAUUUGUCUAUGAACUAUGUAGAAGUUAAAUCUUCUCAGACAGUUGCACAGCUACGUAGCAAGCUAUGUUUAAAAAAAAGUAAAUCCAGUAUCAACCCAAAAUGAAGCAAUUUCCAGUUGUGCUACAAAAAGGAAAAUAUCUUCUCUGUUUCUUAAUUAUUCUUAAUUUAAAAAAAACAAAAAUGUUUCUCUGUUGUAGGGGUGAAAUCACUUUCUUCAAGUUUCUUGCUGUAGUGGAGCCUCAGUAUCCUGACUGCAGGAAUACAGCUGCUGGAAUUUCCUCUCAGCUAGAAUAAGAGCCAUUUAGUGUUUAUAACCCCUUUCCACAGGCAUCAGGCAACACAUGAUGCUGGAAAGAAUAACUGAUUUUAAUCAACACAAUGCAGCCUUUUAA